AUGGAUUCCCUACCACAGUUUCGAGAGACACGGCCCAGUUUACUGAGCAUCUUGUCCUCUUCCCCCGGACUUUACCGCAUUCACCACAACAAGCAAUCCUCCGGAAGUCCUGCAGUCUCUAUGCCAGGACUCGACUUGAAAGACGACGUCCCUCAGCCUCCACCUCGCCAUAUACCAUUUCUGGCGUCUCCUGCUCGCCCCGAAAAAUCGAUGGACGAACUGCGAGAUUAUGGACGCUCCGCGUCAUUCGUACAGGUUGGGUACGGCAAUUUAUGUUCAUCACUCCCUGAUGAGAGACCAGACUCCGGAAGCAGCGUCAAUGGUAACGAGAGUUAUGCAAGCUAUACCGCAGCCGAAAGGUCUGUAGCUACUACAAGCCCUGUGCACGACUUGGUCGAAAGAGACGGCUCCAACGGUAUCGUUGAAGCCGACCUUAAUACCGACUCUCUGGACUAUCGACCAGCCGAAUUCAUGCGCCAUGACAAGGUCUAUUUUCAAACUGCAGCUGAUUUACAUGGCGAUAGCAUGAAGAAUAAGUUGGAUCCCAUUCGCAGAUUCGUUAGGUCGCCACGAUCAGUUGCGUCAUCAACUCUGAUCGAUCAAGCACAUCGACAACUAGAUCCUCGAGCUCUCAGGCUGAGCAUACCUAUUAAGCUGCCCAUCCAUAGCAACUUACUAUUUGAGACGCCCUCCAGAAUGUCAAAAACUUUCAUUUUGUCUGAUGUUUCUCAUCGACCUGCGCUAGUUCGACAUUUCCCAGGAGAGCAACGUAUGCCAAAGGACGGUUUGGACUAUGUUUGUUCACGCAGGGGCCACUCAUGGCAAAACAAUACCGGCCAUGCCUCAUCCACUCAUGGUAACUACGAGUUUGCAGCCGCAGAAGAUAUGGAGACUCACGAAGCCACGGCACCAAAGAGGUUUCAGCCGGGGGGAGCUUAUGCCGCUAUUGAUCGCGAGCGAGGGGCUGCUAGCCCUCUAGCAGAAUAUCAUUUAAUCCAUGGUGGCUCGACUGAUCCUCAACGUGAUCUUAGUUCUCUCGAUUCUUCGAUACCCCGACUCACCGUCAUGCCAAAGGGUUCAUCGGUUUCGGCCAGGUCCUCUGCUGCGAUAUCUCGCUUUAACUCUUAUAUUUCCACCAUGUCCACAGGGCCAUCAGCUGUUACGACAGCAGCGUCAUUCGGCAACCGGUCGCUUCGUGCUCUCUCACCUUGCGGCGCCUCUCCAACAUCUUGCAACUCACCGUACAUGACACCUGGUUCCGUCGUCCUUACCUCUCGAACUUCCAUCUCUGUCAUGGGGGAAACAUACGAGCGCAACAUCUCCAGCACAGGCUCGAGGAAGCUAGCAGGGGUCCAAAAAAGUAGGGGCUCUAAGGUUCAGCGAGUUUACUUGUGCGGUUGCUGCCCCAAGAAGCGGAAGAAGUUUGAGACAGCAGAAGACCUUAGCACUCACGAAGCUGAGAAACAGUAUGGAUGUCCAUUCUGUGGCAACCGUUUCAAGAACAAGAAUGAAAUCGAGCGACACCUGAAUUCCCUUCAUGUUCGUCGCCACUCAUGGUCGUGUUCUGCCUUGUCUGGGUAUGACCAGACAUUCCACGAUUCAACAAGCCAUGCUGGAGAGGCAGACACUUGCAGUUACUGCGGCGUCGAGUUUCCUCGGUCAGGAAAUGGUCUCGGUAAUGAAUCAUUGACUGGAGGUAUUGCACCGAAACAUGCCACGGACCAAGACUGGGAUGAUCGAAUUCGUCAUCUCCAGGAAGUGCACAAGUUCCGAGAAUGCAACUCCUCCAAGAAAUUCUAUAGAGCAGACCAUUUUCGACAACACUUGAAGCAUAUUCAUGCUGGGGCUAACGGCAAGUGGACAAACAAGCUAGAAAAUGCAUGCAAGAUGGAGGAAGAUCCAGGGUGGUCCCCCGAUCAACUCAAUCGAUUGAGCACUCAAUCGAAUCGCGAUCGGGGAGCACAACGCCAAUCGAGUCGUGCCCAAUCGAUUAGACCUUCAAUCGAAUUGAAUCGCUGA